CGCGAGGGGCCGUUUGUUCUCAGGAGCCUCGUCUCCAUUCGCGACGUUGAUCCCGUCGGAAUGAAACUUUACUAACACUCCAUCCUAGUCCUCAACACCCCUAUCAGCAGGACAUGUCUCGUCGGGAUCAGCACCCACAGUUCCAGUACGGAGCGCCGCCUCACCAGAGUCCGGCACCUCAGCAUCACCAGCCCACUCCGGUCCAGCCUCCGAUGAGUGUGCCUCAGCCGCCUCAGCCGCCCCAGGCCCAACCCCAUCCUCAGCAGCAACAGCACCACCAGCAGCAGCAGCAUCACCAGCAGCAACAGCAACAGCAACAGCAGCAACAACAGCAGCAUGCUGUCCAGCCCCCGCCUCAGCCGCAGCCGGCGCCCAGAAACCGCAAGCGUCCGGCCCCGGCCCCGGCUCAACAGGCCCCGCCGGUCACUAGCGCCCCUCCUAUGCCGCCCGCUCCUGUUGCGCCCACCGCUACCCCCAUCCCGCCGCCUCAGAUCAACCCUCCCGUUGCCGUUCCUCCUCCCCAGGCUCAGCCUGCCGCCACGGAAGAUGCCAACGCUCAGGCUCCCCAGCCUCCCCCGGCCAAGAAGAGCCGCACAAACACCCCCUGGACUCCGGCCGAGGAGCUUCGCCUGAAGCAGAUGAGAGAUGCCGGCAGCAGCUGGGCUGAGAUUGCCAAGACGUUCCCUACUCGUACUGAGGGUAGUGUCAAGAAGCAUUGGUACAAGGACAUGCAUUACGCAGAGUUUGCGGAAGACGAGAGCCAAGCACUCCUUAAUGCCAUCAAGGAGUACGAAAACAACAAGUGGAAGGUCAUCGGGCAAAAGGUCGGCAAGCCCGCCAAGGCUUGCGAACAGUACGCCAAGGAGCACUUUCCCGACCUCUACGCCAAGCCGACCAACCGGUAGAGGAACCUCAGCUCCAUCGGCGGUUCUGAGGAUACUCGGGAGAUGGGCAACACUGCGAAACGGCGCUGGGAGUGUCUCGAUGCGUUGGGAUAUACCAAAUGUGUUUCUUCUUUCUCGUUCUGACGAUCACAACGACCCGGACUCGAAAAAAAGACGAUUCCCCCUUUGCACUUGUUAAUUUUUUUCUACGUUUUUCAUUUGGAGGCUGGACUUUAAUUACUUUUUACCCCUUGUGUCCCAGCUUCCCGUCUCCGGCACGGUCACCCCUGGUCGAACACUUGUGGCUGUGAC